UCUCUUUGAUAUAUAAUAAAGAAGAGGUUAUAAUUAAUAUAUAACUUAAAUUGUGAAAAUAAAGAAAUACUAAUAUAAUCGUAGACAUUAGAUAUCUGUGCAAUAUACAAAGGAAAUAAAUUUGACUAAGAUGGCACUUAUGAAACGUUUAUUUCUAAAAAUUGUUUAUACACCUCGAGCAUUAACUUACAAUGUUCGACAUUUGUCUACAGAAGUAGCAUAUGAUGAUAGCCCUGUGGAAAUGGAAAACCCAUUCACUAAAGAAAAGCGUCAAUGUAUACUUUGUAAAUUUAAUAUAACGCCAGACUACAAGAACUACAGGCUUCUGUCACAAUUUCAAAGUCCAUAUACAGGAAGGAUAUAUGGAAGACAUAUAACUGGACUUUGUCAAACAAAACAGGCAGCAGUAGAGAGAGAAAUCACUAAAGCACAAAACUGUGCUUAUAUGCCUUACUAUUAUAAGGACAAAACAUUUUUGAAAGAUCCUAAGCUGUUUGAUCCUGAAAAUCCAAUCCGUUCACACAGAUUUUAGAAACAUGAGGUUAAAUGAUUGCAGUUGUAAAAAAAUGCUGUAGCUUAAUUAAAAUUAUACAUAUUAGGUACAUACAUUUUAAUUGAAAAUGUCAAUAUGGUGAAGUAAUUGACUUUGCUUUCUUUAGUUGAUAAAAAUAAUAAAUAAUUAUUAUUCA